UUUGGAGGAGGUCGGAUACACACCGAACGAGAGACUGCAGAGAGCCGCCACCAUGAAGGAAUUACUCGCUCUUGCUGUCGUAACUACUGCCUCACUGUGCGUCUUCCCUGCUGUCAGGGGAGACUGCAGCAGUGUGACGUGCAGCUCCUUCGGGUACGUGGAAAUCCCAUCUGGCGGGGGAGAGUGUGCCUUCUGCAUCAGCGGUAAUGCGGCGCCUUCAUGCCCUGGAAUCGAUUGCAACGGAGAUCCAUUCACGACUACCACUGGUGCAACUACUACUACUACUACGACUACGCCACCAACUACCACAACCACUACAACACCGCCUACCACAACUACCACGACAACAACGCCCCCAACCACAACUACCACGACAACACCCCCAACCACAACCACAACACCGCCUACCACUACAACACCACCUGUAACCACCACCACAACACCACCUGUAACUACCACAACACCACCCGUAACUACAACACCACCUGUAACCACCACAACACCACCAGUAACUACUACAACACCACCCGUAACCACCACAACACCACCUGUAACUACAACACCACCCGUAACCACCACAACACCACCCGUAACCACCACAACCACGACACCACCCGUAACUACCACAACCACCACGACACAACCCAUCACCACCACCACCACACAACCCGUGACCACCACCGCACCACCAACCACAGUACCUCCUACAACGACCGCCCCAUGUAAGGACUCCACUUGUGCGGACAAAGGGAUCGGCUUGUACCCAUACCCACUCUGCGACUGUCAGCGUUAUUACACCUGCACCGAGCCUGCGUCUGGAGGCAGUCUGAUCAAGCACGAGUACACUUGCUUGGGGAACUACGUCUUCGACAACGAUCUGAGAAAAUGCGUCGCCGAUACGACCGUUUGUCCGCACGCCUGAGCGGAGGGGGGAACGAUCGUUUCCUGACUCCUCUGUUAUUUCUAUUUUCAUUUUAUUAUUAUUAUCUUUUAUGUCGUUGGCUUACUUCCCAUGAAAGUAAAUGAAAAAAAUGUGAUUAUUUCAUUAAUUAUGGAUAUGAUUUCUUCUG